AUGAAAACGAUCGGCAUCAUCGGCGGCAUGGCUUGGCCCAGCACGAUAAACUAUUACAGGACCAUAAACGAAUACUACAAGGAAUACACAAAAGCCCCCGGCUUAGAAUCGCCAACCCUUGUCAUCACCCAACCGAAUCUCGCACUCAUUGACAAGUUAGAAGAGGAAGGAAAGUGGGACGAUGUUGGCAAGUUGCUCGUCGCAGAAGCCACCAAACUGAAAGCAGCGGGAGCAGAAUUCUUUCUAAUGGCCUGCAACACGGUCCAUAUUGCUGACGCAUAUGUUACGGAGCACGCACCUCUGCCAAUGCUUCACAUCGUUGAUGCAGCAGCAAAAAUAGCGUCGGAUCGUGGCUUCGGUACCGUGGGCCUCCUUGGGAGCCAGUACACUAUGACUGGAUCUUACUUUGUUGGGAGACUAAAGCAAAAGUACAACAUUACCGCUAUGGUCCCAGACGAAAAGGAUCAGGCGAUUAUCCAGGGUGCGCUUCAGAACGAGCUUGCGAAGGGUGUCUUCCGGCCCGAGACUAGGCAGCAGUUCAAGGAGGCUAUUGAGGAUCUCGUUACCAAGGGAUGUCAGGCGAUUAUACUUGGAUGUACUGAGUUUGGGCUGCUCGUGAAACAGGAAGAUAGCACUGUACCCAUUAUUGACACUGGAAUUGUCCAUGCCAAAGCUGCAGUGGAAUUUGCCGUGGCUGGAGAGUGA